UAUUUUUAAUCUCUCAAAAUUUAAGGCGAAGUACUCAGCGGUGAUCCAAACAAUCCAAAUUAUAACCCGGCCUCACAGCCAGGGACAAAUCCAGGCAAAAAUUCUGGAAACCUAAAUCCCCAAACUAAUAACCGUCCCAAUACAGGAACUUUUCCUGGCUACUACCCGCCCGGACAACAAUUUCCUCCACAAUCAUAUUAUCCUCCCCAACAGCAGUACAACCAGCCACCUGUUAUUAUUGUCAUCAAUAAUCCUGGAAGUGGUGCUGGUUAUAGCUACAAUAUUCCUCCAAAGUAGACAUUUUUCUAUCUAAAAUUUCACCCUAAAAAAUUAUUUAAGUUAUGGAACAAGCUAUUUAAUCCCUCCGAAUUACGGCAACCAGCCUUUGAUGAACAAUUACCCUCCAAGCUAUAACAAUUUCCCUUCAAAUAAUUAUCCUGUGAAUAAUCGACCUGUGUGUACAGUAGACCAAUCAGCCUGUCAGACAAUGUCUUUAGCUCAGUGCGCCAGUCCUAUAAUUGCUCAAAAUUGUGCGUGUAAAUGCAGUAGCUAUACCCCAUACAAUAAUUAUGGCUUUAAUAAUGGAGGUUAUGGAAAUAUGCCAAUGUAUGGAAAUAUGCCUGGGGGGAAGUGAUGGAUUUUUUAAUAUUUU